AUGAUGGUGAUGAUGAUGGUGAUGAUGAUGGUGAUGAUAAUAAUGACGAUGAUUACGAUGGUGCAGGACACAGAAAUAACAAGCCGUUACAUAUACGCCUCUUUGCAACAGACAAUUUGCGGUACCAUUUUGCAGCAAUCUCUCAUUUUUUUCCUGUGUAA